UUAAGAAGUACACUCCUGUUGCACCGGGAGGCUGGUGUUUUUCCACUCUCAGUGAUAUCACACGCGCGCCCGUUAUAAGGAACUGGAGUCCAGGAAAUAAAAAAAGCGUGCGAAUUAUUGUGUUGCGAGCGCUCCGUUACCUAUUCUCCGCACAACAACUAACAAGCAAGAAAGGGAAGGACCUAAGAGCACAAUCAAGUAGUCGACAGCAUGGCCCAGAAAGAGAAGCUUCAGUAUUUGAAGGACUUUCAUAAGGACACACUGAAGCCGUCUCCGGGUAAGAGUCCCGGCUCGCGGCCAGAGGACGAGGCGGAGGGCAAGCCUGCACAACGUGAGAAAUGGGCAAGCAAGAUGGACUUCCUGUUGUCUGUGGCUGGGGGUUUCGUGGGCUUAGGGAACGUCUGGCGUUUCCCUUACCUCUGCUACAAGAAUGGCGGAGGUGCAUUUCUCAUCCCCUACUUCAUCUUUCUGUUUGGUGGAGGGCUGCCUGUGUUUUUCCUGGAGGUAGCCCUCGGUCAGUACACUUCUGAGGGAGGCAUCACCUGCUGGGAAAAACUGUGUCCCAUUUUCACCGGCAUCGGCUAUGCCUCCAUAGUGAUCGUCUCUCUGCUUAAUAUCUACUACAUCGUGAUCCUAGCCUGGGGGCUCUAUUACCUCCUGAAUUGUUUCCAGCCAACACUACCCUGGGCUACGUGCAGGCACAGCUGGAACACUGACACCUGUGUGGAAGACACUGUCCGCAAGAACAAAAGCCUUUGGCUGAUAGCUAACGGCACCAACAGCACCAACGCCAGCGCUGCUGCUGCUCUCAACUUCACCUCACCUGUUACGGAGUUCUGGGAGCAUAAUGUUUUGUCCAUCUCCUCUGGCAUUAAUGAGAUUGGCCCCAUCAAAUGGGACCUGGCCCUGUGCCUGCUGGCCGUGUGGGUCAUCUGCUUCUUCUGCAUCUGGAAGGGGGUCAAGUCCACCGGCAAGGUGGUGUACAUCACUGCUACGUUCCCCUUUGUCAUGCUCCUGGUGCUUCUGAUCCGAGGGGUCACACUGCCCGGUGCUUCAGAGGGCAUCAAGUUCUACUUGUACCCUGACCUGGCCCGUUUGAAGGAUCCAGAGGUCUGGAUCGAUGCAGGAACUCAGAUUUUCUUUUCUUAUGCCAUUUGUCUGGGGGCAAUGACAUCACUGGGGAGCUACAAUAAGUACAAAUACAACUGCUACAGGGACUGUCUGCUGCUGGGAUGCCUCAACAGCGGAACAAGCUUUGUGUCUGGCUUUGCUAUAUUCUCCGUCCUGGGCUUCAUGGCACAAGAGCAAGGGGUGGCCAUCGCAGAUGUGGCAGAGUCAGGUCCUGGGCUUGCUUUCAUUGCCUACCCUAAAGCAGUAUCAAUGAUGCCCAUGCCGUCCUUCUGGGCCAUCCUCUUCUUCAUCAUGCUGCUGUUGCUAGGAUUGGACAGCCAGUUUGUAGAAGUGGAAGGCCAGAUUACGUCGCUGGUGGAUCUGUAUCCCUCCCUCCUACGGAAGGGCUAUCGUCGAGAGAUCUUCAUCGCUGUGAUUUGCUUCAUUAGUUAUCUACUGGGGCUCACCAUGGUCACCAAAGGUGGCAUGUACGUGUUUCAGCUAUUUGACUACUAUGCAGCCAGUGGUGUGUGCCUAUUAUGGGUUGCAUUCUUUGAAUGUAUUGCUGUAGCCUGGGUUUAUGGCGCUGAUAAUUUCUAUGAUGCGAUUGAGGACAUGAUUGGAUACAGACCAAACCCGUGGAUGAAAUGGAGUUGGACUGUGGUCACACCAGUCUUGUGCGUGGGUUGUUUUGCCUUUUCUCUGGUCAAAUACAAGCCCCUGACGUACAACAAGGUGUAUGAAUACCCUCAGUGGUCCAUCGGUGUAGGCUGGACUCUUGCACUGGCCUCUAUGGUGUGCAUCCCAAUGGUGGUGGUCAUCAAGAUCCUGCAGUCCGACGGGUCUCUGAUAGAGCGCAUCAAGGCAGUGGCAGCUCCAGUGGCGGGCUGGGCGAGCUCUCGAACCAAAGAAAACGGCCUGAAGAACAGUGAGCUCCUGCAUCCGCUGGACCCCAGCGGGGCCAUCGCGCUCACCAAACCCACCCACACCAUCGUCGAGACCACCAUGUAACGUCGCCCGACACACUCACACGCCCCUUUCCCCGUCGCCAUCGUAGAAAAAAACAAAUACUUUUUAGCCCUCUCUAUGAGAGAACCCCACACCCCUCCUUUUGCUUCCCUCCUCUUGUGUGUGCCCCCCACUCUUCU